AUGGAAUAUUUACGACACUCGCAGAUGAAUUCUAUCUCCUGUGUUCAACACCCUUCAGUGACAGCGUCUACAAAAGCUGUUUUCAUACACAAGGUAGACGAUAUUAAUGGAUCGCAAAUGCCAUACCUCAGUCAGGCAUCUGGUAUGGCAGGAAAUCAAUCGUCAGCAGGCAUCGAUCUGAGCAUGAAAUGUGAGUCGAAACACCCUCCUUUGACAUUAGGCGGUGUAGUUGGCAUCCGCAGACAGCGCUCGACAUCUCAAAGUUAUAAUAACAAUCUCACACUUGACCAGCUCAAUCCAUCCCUUGCGGAGGCCCUCGCAGCCAUGAAAAGCAAGUCCGAUAUAACGUCGAAGUCUUCCGGAACGUCACAAAACAGCUCGGACUGGUUUUCUAAUCGUCGCGAAUCGCUCCCGACGAGGAUGUCAGGGCCUGUAAAACUCGAAGCAGUGAAUCCAACAAAUCCAAGUUCUGCUCAAUGUGCUAAUGCCUCUACUUCCGGUCACCUUGUAUCGUUUAAUGGACAUACUACUGAAGUGCCCGAGGAAAUCCAUUGUCACCUUUGUGACUACCCGAUGAAGUUGUGCAUACGAAAGAGUAAAUAUAAAGGUGAAAUUCGGGAAUAUGCAGCAUACAGAUGCCUUCGGAAGGGAUGCCAGACGUUCCGUUCCGUCCGUAAAGUGAUCGACCCUGAUUUCCCCUGUCCUCGAAAAAGGAAGAUUGAAGAGGUUAGUUGUAUGAGUAUGUAA